AAAGAAUUAAAAGAUAUGAAAUACAUUCUGACUGAGGAGCAUGUGGCAAUUCCUGAAAAGAUAGAAAUCACUUAGAAAUCUAAAAUAGUAAAAGUUAAGGGUAUAUACUUAUUGUUUUAUUAUUUAUUAGGACCUAGAGGUGAAUUAUCUAAAAAUUUUAGACAUUCUGCUUUGGACAUCUAAGUUUCAAAGAAAGUUAAUAAGAAAACAAAUGUUGCUAAAUCUAGAGUGAGUGUUAGAAUGUGGUAAUCAUAUAGAAAGCAAAAAUGCCAAGUGAAUUCAGUAGCCUCACAAAUUAGAAAUAUGAUUAGAGGUGUUACCACAGGUUAUAAAUUCAAAAUGGUUUUGGCAUAUGCACAUUUUCCAAUCAUUAUUAAUCUUUUAGAUAAGGGUUUAGGCAUUGAAAUUAAGAAUUUCCUUGGUGAAAAGAUCAUUAGAACAAUUAAAUGUCUUCCAGGAGUAACUAUCACCAGAAAUGAAGCUGAAGAAAAGAGUAUUUAAAUCAUUAUAUUCAAAUUAUAGAUGUCUUAACACUUUAAGGAAAUGAUUUGAAUAAUGUAUCACUCACCUGUGCUCUUAUUCAUUAAGCUUGUGCUGUUAAGAAUAAGGAUAUUAGACAAUUCUUGGAUGGUAUCUAUGUAAGUGAAAAGCGUUUAGAAAUCUGAUCUAAUAAUAUAUAUAAAUAUAAGUACAAUACAUAUAUAUCAUUAUUAUCCUAC